GGCGGGAACCAAAAACCAAUGUCUUGUGUUUUUUUUUUUUAUUUGCAUUUGUUUGUUUUUUUUAAAAGCUGUUUCGGGCUAAGGAGUUGGGGAAGGAGAAAACCUUUUUUCGAUCACGAAUCUGCUCUUUUUCAGUUUUUAAUUUUUCCUUCAAACCUUAGAAACCCUAGGGCAAAGGAGAGAGUGGGCGGCAAGGGAGAAGGAAGAAACCCUGCGAGAGGGAGAACGCGAGGAACCCUAGCUUCAUUCCCAUCACCAUUCGAGAGCCUCCCUUCUUCUCUUCUCUUCCCUUUUGUUUUAAUUCUUCUUCUGCCAAAGAGACCAACCUUAGGAAUCAACAAGUGGAGAGUGCGGAGGACGUGAGACGAAGCGAAAUCGGAAGAACGAGAAGGCACGAAGGUUGAGUGAAAAACAAAAGGGCGAUUGAAGGAAUUUCGGGUCGAGGGUUUAAUUGUAGGGAGGUUUCGAAGUAGGGUUUUAGGAAAAACAUUCGUUUGGAGAAAAUCUUCAUAGAUCACACGGCAGCCGUGAGCAAGGAGGAGUCUAUCUACUCUGUGAAACCGUGAAGAGAGGCAAGUGUAUCGUGAGCAAACUCUUGGAAGCCAGGUGUGUUAGGGUUUGUGUGUAGGGUUUUAGGAGAGCAUGGUGAAGGUUGGUGUAAGUAACAAGGAAGAAAGUCCGGUAAUGGAUAACAGUGAUUACAGUGGUUCGCAGUUAGUUCACCACUUCAGAAGUGUACUUGGUGCAGUCAAAACGGGUGAUAGAGGGAAUUACGACGAGCUCGUUGGUUAUUUGCACCUGAAGAGGAAUCUUAGUCCUGAUGAGGUUGCAAUUCUUGUGACAACUUUGAAGGCACUUUCUGGAGCAGUGUCCUAUAUAGAUUCUGAUCAUCACGAAUCUCUUCUCUUUGCUGUUUCAGGAAUGAGCCUCUGGAAUUAUGGAACUGAGGUUAUGGAUGCACUGCUGGAACUCAUUACAUCUUUGGCUGCUACUAAUGGAAAAUAUAUUGAUUGGUGUUUGGAGAUGCUUGUGAAACAUUUUGUGCCCCCUCGAUACAUCUAUGAUUCUCUCGAUAACGAGAAUGGAAUUAACAGGAAAAAUAAAGUUCUGUCUCGGGUGCAUGCGGCUUUGAAAGAGAUAGCUGAUUUGGUGCCUCUUGCUCCCUUGCGACUAUGUCCCAUAGUUGUCCAGAACAUGCCCAGUGUCUUCAGUUAUGAUCGUGAGAUUGUCCUAUAUGUUGAGAAUAUGUUAAAGUUGGAGAGUGGUGCAAUUGGAGAAACUGUCGGUUCUACAGUGCUGCCUGCUCUUGUGGAUAGGUUGCUAGAGUUGGAUGUGGAAAUUGGAUGGAAUGGAAUCUUGCAAGAAGAUACCAGAGGCAUAUUUGAUAUGGAGUUAGAAGAUAUUAUUAAAUUUGCAGAGGAGGAUGAGAACUCUGAUAGCAUGCCUCAGUCAGAGUUGUUAAAUAGGAAAUAUUUGCAAGGCAAUAAUAAGGUUGUUGAAAAAUUAGAUAACCUAAUUGUGCUAGCUUUAUUGCACCUUGAAUCCUGUCAAAGCAGUGGCCGAUUGGCUGAGGUAUUCGAUAUUCUACUUCAUUCAUUCCAGAAAACUGUACUGAAUGCAUACAAGUCAAAAUUUACCCAGUUUGUGAUGUUCUAUGCGUGUGCACUGGACCCUGAAGGAUGUGGUGUGAAGUUUGCCAUGGUUCUUGCAGAUAUGUUUGGUUCUGAUGUUAAUCCACCUAUAACAAGGAUGAGUGCUGUUGCUUAUCUUGCUAGUUAUCUCUCUCGUGCAAAGUUCCUUUCGGCUGCGUUGGUCACUACCAUCAUACAAAGCUUGGUUGAUCAAUGUUAUGCUUAUUGUAAGUUACGUGAUUCUGGUAUGAACCCACGAGCACAUCAAGUUUUUUAUUCUGGGUGUCAGGCUAUCAUGUACAUUCUGUGUUUUCGCAUGAGAUCUCUCAUGGACGUUCCUAGGCUUAAAUUGCAGCUACUUAAUAUGCCUAUGGAGGCAAUCUGGAAACAUAAAUUGUGUCCGUUGAAGGUGUGUUUGCCUACUGUAGUAGUGGAAUUUCUUAGACAGGCAAAGGCUGCUAAACUUUUCAUGGUAUCAGAGUCAUUCGUUUUCAAUGACAUGCUCGAGUCUGAUCUUUCCAAGGCUUUUGGCGGGAUGGAUAGACUUGACAUGUUCUUUCCGUUUGAUCCAUGUUUAUUGAAGAAAAGUGAAAGCUACAUUAGACCACAUUUUGUUCGGUGGUCAAAAGUCAGAACUACAUACGAUGACGAUGAUGAUAACGUUUCCGAAGUCAGUGAGAGUGGCAGUGAAGUGACAGAUGAUGAUUUUGUUGACACUAAUACAAAAGAUAUGAUUGAUGAUGAUAUGAUGGUGACUGUUGAAGAUCUUGAUUUUAACCCGGACUUGAACAAAAUGUCUAUCACGCCUAAAAAUUCUUUGAAACAUUUGCGAAUGCCAGCAAGAAUCAGGCCUUCCACUAGUCCAGAGUCUCUAUGAAUGAUAGGGAGUCCAAUACUACGAGGUAGUUAAUUCAAAGGAAAAAAAGGUUAUUGAAGUAAUUCAUAGAGAGCAUAGUUCACAUACGUACUGGUCAUGUACCAUCAUUUUUGUAUUUAUCUUGUAGUCUGUUGAAGUAAGUAGGAGUAGCCAACUUCCUAAUUUUUGUUUCUAAGGCUUUGUUCUUUUGGGUAUAUUUGGGGAGAUGAUUUGGGAGAGAUGAUUUGAAUGGAUUUGAGGGUAAUUUUGUAGUUGUUUUUUGAGUGGAUUUGUGGAUAAUUGAGAGUGAAUUUGAAAGUAAAGUUUGUGAGAA